AUGGCACCAGAUUUUAGGAGGGGGAUACACUGCUUUGCCAUGACUCGGAAGGUUGUCAUGACUCGAAAGGUUUCCUCGCAAUAUUUUGUUGCCCAUCUGCUGCAUGCUCUGGAAAAUACAGCGGUCAGUUUUCGACCAGUACUCCGGAGGGAGUGCCCAUGUGGUAGCAUGAGAGCAAUUCCUUUCAGCGAAGGGAGGAGAGAGUCGCCAUGUCCGCGGUGUUGA